AUAAUCGAUAAUAUAUUCAAAAUGGCAGCCCCCAUGGAGCCUUAGUACGCGCCUAAGCAAGGUCAAGGAUCGGCCAAAUAAGAGAGGGAAAAAUAGACAUGGAAGGUGCUUUUGAUGAUAAUUUCCGACCAGAAUUCAAGCGUUAUAAGAAAAAAUAUCCUCCUCCUUGUUUUAAGGAAGUGCUUGACACAGACAGUGCUGGACAUGAGAAAAUGCUCUAUAGAUUCCAGAUUCCCCAAGAGGAUGACACCAAGCAGACAAGAUCAGAAGCAGCAAGCUUUGGCCUGAAAAAUCCCAGUGAAUGGCAGUGUUAUGGGACUCAUGAAUUCCCAGGAUUUCAAUUCAUCAGGAAUCCCUUCCUGCCGGGAGCUCAGAGAUACUGGGUGAGACGCUGCCUAGCUGACUACCCAUGUAAACCCAACGUUACCAACUUAGACACACACCAUCACCCUGAUCAGCUUUGUAAUCCGUGGCAGACCAGGAGAAAGAAGGACAGUUCCCCAAGUCAGAAGACCAAAGACAAGACUGCCAUGGACCAGCUGCGAUGGGUGACCCUGGGCUACCACUAUGACUGGGACAACAAGGUCUACAACGAGGACCAGUACUCCCCGUUCCCAGAGGACCUGGGUCUUAUGACAGCCCUGAUUGCCGAGGUACUUGGCUACCCUCAAUUCAAGGCUCAGGCAGGCAUCGUGAAUUUCUACCACAUGGAUUCUACACUUGGAGGUCAUACCGAUCAUUCAGAAUUUGACCUCACUGCUCCGCUCAUUUCAUACAGCCUUGGACAGUCAGCUAUCUUCUUGGUGGGAGGCACUACCAAAGCUACCAAGCCAAUGGCUUUGCACUUAAGGAGUGGUGAUGUCAUUGUCCUGGGAGGUGCAUCAAGGCUUGCCUAUCAUGCUGUACCAAGGAUCAUGUAUGCCCGUAAGGAAGGUCAGCUUCCACGGUGCUUUGACCUAACUGAUGAUCUUCUGCAGCAACAAGAGAGUGAAGAAGAAGAAUAUGUCACUGGAAGCACUCUGAAUGUUGGAGAUCACACAGCACAGGAGAAUAUAGAGGAUCUGUGUGACAAGACAUGUAAAGCAGCAGUUGAUGCGGAUGUUGAACAUAUUGCAAAGCUUUCAGAUUCUGUUACAAUAAGUGCCACAGGGAAUCAAAAACCAAACAACAACCUGGCUCCAAGAGGUUCGCAACAGGGCAUGAAUGAUCAGUGUGACGAAACAUGCAAUGCAGCAGUUGAUGUGGAUGUUGAACAUUCGGGAAAGCUUUCAGAUUCUGUUGCAUCAAGUGUUGCUGGAGAUCAUAGACCAAAGAACACCCUUGAACAGUGUCCAUACAAUUCUUCUACAGAUGAGCCAUGUGAACGUCUAGGUAGCUGCAUCAAGAGAACAUCUGUCACAGAUACUGUCUCUGCAUCUAGGACUUACCCGUCAAACUCGGCAGACCCCUGCAUUACUGACAUUUCUGGGGUAUCCAAAAACAUAUCAAGUGCAAUUAGAAGUCUAUCUAGAGAGGAUCUGUGGAAAGAAUUUGAGGAAUACCUGAAACAUGGCAGGAUAAAUAUCAGUGUGAGGCAAGUGACUGGGCCAGGUAAGGGAUUUCCUGAAAAGGAAAGGAGAGGAGAGAGUGAUAGAGAUUUGUUGCAUAGUAGUGAUGCAAAGAGGACUAAAGUAAACUCUAAAUAAGUAAGAGUCUCUAUAUUUUAACUCUGUUUAAUGGAAUUAUAAUUACUGGAAUUUCAUCAAUACUUGUGAUUUACACUUAUUAUGUACCUGAUUUAAACAUUUUGAUGGGGAAAUCGCAAAAAUUUCCUUUAAAAACUGAAAAGAAUCUGUGAGGGCAAUAAAGGGAAAUUCAACAUGACAAAAAGUUUAUCGUAAGAAUAGCAGAAUGAUAAUGAAAAGUAGGCCUACUGGUAAAGGAUUGGGGGAAAUCGAUCACAGAUUAAAACUGUAUUAGAUUUUUUUGUGUGUAUUGUGACAUUAUUUGGGAGCAGCUUCCCCAUAUAAUGUGAAGUAAAAAGAAAUUUUGUGAUGUAAAAAUCAAUUAAACUUUAUUAUAAAAAAAAAGAAUUGUCAUAACUUAAAAAUUUUAUGGAUCUAGUUCAUGAAACUUAGACAUAAGAGCAAUCAUGUAUCCCUGAAUAUCAUAUGCGAGUUUCAGAUCACAUGAUCAAGGUCAAAGGUCACUUAGGGUCAAUGAACUUUAACCAUGUUGGGGGUAUUUGAGGAAUUGUCAUCAUAACUUUGAAAUUGUAUGGAUCUAGUUCAUGAAACUUGGACAUGAGCAAUCAAGUAUCCUUGAACAUCCUGUGGGAGUUUCAGGUCACAUGACCAAGGUCAAAGGUAAUUUAGGGUCAACAAACCUUGGUAAUGUUGGGGGUAUUUGUGGAAUUGUCAUAACUUUAAAAGUUUAUGGAUCUAGUUCAUGAAACUUUGACAUACAUGUUAGGGCAGCAAUGUGUCCCUGAAUACCCUGUGUGCGUUUCAGGAACAUGGCCAAGAUCAAAGGUCAUUUAAAGGUUAAUGACCUGUGGCAGUGUUGGGAGUAUAUGGUGAAUUGGCAUCAUAACUUAGAAAGUUUAUGAAUCUAGCUCAUGAAACAUUGACAUGGGUAAUCAAGUCAGAGGUCAUUUUGGGGGAAUGGACACAGUAUUUUAUUAAUAUCAUACACCUGUAUGAGUGUUUUCUUUUGUGAAUAAUUAUUCAUUAGCUGUUUUCAAAGGCAGUACUGCUGCUGUAUUGAAUUGCGUAAUGCAGGCGAGACUGAUUAAAAAAAAAAAAUUUUCUUUAGGGUGAAAUUACCCUUGAACACUAAUUGCUCACAUGACUUUGGAAAAAAUCUUAACACACCAAAGGCAAUGGCUGAAUGUGUUUUAAAGGAAGGAACUGAGUAUGGAUAUUUCUACUAUGAAAUGCCUCAACCCUAAAAGGGUUUUUCCAUGAUAAAUCCGUUGCGCAAAUUUUUUCAACCGCGCCGCUCGCUGACUUUUGAUUUUCAAAUCUUGCACAACUUUUGAGACCAAAUUUGUGAUGCCCGGGUACAUGGUCACGAAAUUACGCAACAUUAUGUAAGUGCAUGUCAGACCAAAAACUGCUCAAAAACUUGAAUUCAUGUACAAAUCCAAUGCAAAUUGUGUAUUUAGCCAAAUUCAUAAAUUGAUAAUUUUUUCUAUUUUUAAUGAUAAAACUUAACUAAUUUUGUCUUCUUUAUGAUCAGAAUUAAGUCUGCAACAAUUUCCAUCGAAAAAACAAUAAAAAUCAAAAAGUAAAAAAACAUUGAAAUACAAAAGAAAUUUAAAAAACAAUAAAAUACAUAAGAAAAAAAUUGCAAUACCAAAUUUUUUUGAAGUACGUUUGAUCGGGAUCCUACAAAGAGUCUGUGAACAAAAAAUUUGGAAUUUUUGGGCCAUUUAAUAGUUAGAGGUCGGAAUCAACCUAAGAAAGAAUUUAAGUGAAAAUCACUGACUUUUUAUGCCCCCGCAGACAAAGUCCGGAGGGGGCAUUAAGCGUUGCCCCUGUCCAUCCGUCCUUCCGUCCCCCCACUUGGUUUCUGCGCAAUAACUCGAAAAAUAUUGAAUGGAUAAUUAAAAAAUUUUGGUGUGCAGGUAGAUGACACCAAAAUACAGGCUAAGUUUGAAUUCGGAGUCCGCAGGUCAAAGGUCACAGACUCACAGCUCAUUAAAUAUGCGAGUUGGUUUCCACUUGAUAACUUAUGAAAUAUUCAACAGAUUUUUUUAAAAAUUUGGGAAAAAUUUGGGUGUGUAGGUAGACAAAUCCAAAAUACAGGGUAAGUUCGAAUUCGGAGUCCGCAGGUCAAAGGUCACAGCUCAUUAUAUAUGUGAGUUGGUUCAAAGGUCUUAAAUUGUUCAUUAUAUAUAUAUGCAUAUUGGUUUCUGCACAAUAUUAAGUUCAAUCAUAUUGAAUGAAUUUCUGAUCGCGUUAAGCGGGGGCAUCUUUGUCUUUUGGACACGUCAAAUUUCUAGUUGUUUCAAGGAAUGCUUCCCAGGUUACCCCAUUGAGAUUUAUCAGUAUGGGUGUAUUAUGAAGUUCUUUCCGAUGAACCCAUAAAAAAGCUGUUGAAUAAAUAUACAAUGAUCAUUUUUAGAUAAGAGAUUUUAUCUUCUAAUUUAUUUACCACUUUAAAUGUGGGUCAUAAGUUAGAUGACAUUGAAAGAUGAAAUUAAAAAUUUUAUAAUGAUUUUCCGAUCAGAAACCACUCUGAUCAAAUACUUUUGCCAUACACCUACAUUCAUAAAAUCAACAUCUUGAAAGAGUUUCAUUUGCUUACCAAGCAAUUGUUAUUGGUUUUAAUCUGAUCAUUUACCUGAUCAAAUAUUGAUCAAGUCUUCAAGAGAUUAAUAGCAUCCAUAAAAUUUGAUAUAUGGAUUCUGCGAGGCAUCAUUCAUUUAAUAAUAGGCUUUAAAGACAACUUCCUCUCAUUGGCUUAGAGGUGUACUGAAAUAUAGUUCAUUUUGGAUAUAUUGGGCAAAUAAUUUUCUUGAUAAUUCAAUGGAAAUUGUUUCAUAUUCCCAAUAUUUAAUGAAAAUGAGAAUCUUCAAAAUGUCUAGUCAUAUCAUUGCCAGCACUGUAAGAAUGUAUUACAAAUAAUAAAAUCAUAUGUAUUUUUCAUUAACUACGACUCUGAGUUCACUUUGACUUGAUUAUGCAUUGAGCUUGCAAUUUUCCUUUAAAUUCAAGGAAUUUCUGGGCAUAAAUUAAGAUAAAAAUCUAUGUUAACAAGACAUUCACUUACCAAAAUCAUAGAAUGCACAGUAUCUUCAGAAAUGAACUAUCAACAAUGAAUUUGUAUAAAACAACAGAGAUGAUGAUACUCUUUAAGCUUAUCUGGCCCGAAGGGCCAGAUGAGCUUAUGCCGUGGUGUGGCGUCCGUCGUCCAUCCGCAAUUUCAAAAUGUUCUUAAUCGUCAUUUCAAGUCUAAUUUCAAUACUGUUUGCUUACUAUGAUAGCACUAGGCGGGGGAUUCAAAAUUUCUAAACAGAAUUUUGAAACUCAUUCAAUAUGCUAAUUUAUGCGCAUUUUUUUUCACAAAAAAUGCUUCUUCUUCAUUUGUUGACCGAUUUUCUUUUUCUUCCAUCUGGUAGAACUUCAUAAGGUUCAUCAAACUUCUACACAGAAUUUUGAAAUUUUGAGUAGAAAACUAUUUAUGCUAAUUUAUGCAAAAUUUAUUCAUAAAUCACACAAAAAAUACCCUUUCUCCUUCGUUUGGUGAUCAGUUUCAAUUUUGUUUGCUUUAUAUGAUAGCUUAAGGUGGGAUCCAACAUUUCUACACAGAAUUUUGAAACUCAUUAAAUAUGCUAAUUUAUGCAUAUUUUUCAAAACUCACAAAAACAAGAUGCUUCUUAUUUAUUUGUUGACUACUUGACUGAUUUUGAUUUUUUUUUCUAUCUGAGAGCCUCAUGAGGUUCACCAACUUCAAUUCUGUUUCCUUAAUGUAUGUCACCAAUAUAAAUAUGAUUCACUAAAGUAUCAACUGGGAUGAAAUUAAAAAUUGUGUUAAAUUUGGUUGUGAGAUGUUGGAUGAGCUCCACAUCAUUGAUGUGCUAGUUUUUUAUCCGACUCAUAUUUCAUACAGGUUGAAAGUAAAUUUUCUUCUAUUGUAUAAGAUUGAUGCUUAGGGAAAAAGUAAUACUCAUUGAAAUACCAUAUAAAGUAGUGACAUUUUAAUUUUGUUUUUAUAUGAACUAUUGUAUGAAUUUUGAUUUUUGAUUGAAUCCAUUUAUUUCAUUUCAAUAAAAAGAUAUUUACAAAGUAUAACAUAAAUGAUUAUCACAUAAUAUGCCAAUAUACAAAUACAUGACAAUAUGAAAUGAAAUAAGAGAACUUAAGGAAAGGCCUAAAAGGCUUUGUGGGUAAAAGUUCCCUCAAAUACUUAUACUACAUUGCGUUACAGGCAUAUUAGAAUCUUCAAUCUGUUAUACCCCACCCCCCUCCCUUUAAAAACACACAUCGGAAUAGUCUUUUAUACUGAUAUAUUUUUGAAGAAGCACUCAAUAAAUAUGAUGAGCCUGAAAAUUUAUUGGUUAAUGUUCCAUGAUAUUACUGAAGUUAUGGAAUUGUUUUUACAAAGAAAUUAUGUGCAAUGGGCCUUAUGUUUGCUAUCUUUGUAAGGGCCAUUAAAGUAAGUUCUCCUGAUACAGAGUAAUUUAGAAGUGUUAUUUAUUGGUCUUAUAUGACAAUGACACUAAUAAAAAAUAUCAUAAAUGGAAAUGGAA